CUGAACGCGAGGUCGGAGCGCGGCGGCGGCGGCGGAGGCGGGGGCAGCCCAGCUCGGGGCCGGUCCUCCAGGAGCUCGCGGCGGCCGGGGUCUCAUUUCGGGUUUUUGGAUCCGCGCCCUCCCCGCUGACGGCUCCAGAGCCCGGCUUGGUCGGAGGAAGCCCCCCCUGCGGGUCCCGUGUACAGAGAGAGGAGGGCCGGACCGCUCCGGAGCCCGCUCGUCCGCGCCGCAGCCUCCGGGGCCUGGGAACGAGACCAAGGGCCAUGGCCGAGGCGGCUCCUGCUCCGUCUCAGGAAUGGGACACCAGCAUACAACACCCAGCGCCUCCAGCAUCUCCUACGGGCCCCCAGCGUGAAGCCCAGAUCCAGUCGGCCGAGAUCUCCCUGCUGGCUAUCCUGGCUUCCAUUCAGGCCGUGGAGCAGAAGGUGGAGUCCCAGGCUGCCCGCUUACAGACCCUGGAGGGGAGGACAGGGACAGCAGAGAAGAAAUUAGUUGAUUGUGAGAAGACAGCGGUGGAAUUUGGGAACCAGCUGGAGGGGAAAUGGGCUGUGCUGGGCACCCUGCUCCAGGAGUAUGGGCUGCUGCAGAGGAGGCUGGAGAACAUGGAGAACCUGCUAAGGAACAGGAACUUCUGGAUCCUGCGGCUCCCCCCAGGCAGCAAGGGCGAGGUCCCCAAGGUACCUGUGAUUAUUGAAGAUGUGGCUGUGUAUUUCUCAGAGCAGGAGUGGGGGAACCUGGAUGAGUGGCAGAAGGAACUCUACAAACAUGUGAUGAGAGGAAACUAUGAAACACUGGUGUCCUUGGACUAUGCCAUCUCCAAGCCAGAUCUCUUAUCCCGAAUUGAACAAGGGGAGGAGCCAUGUGGCCAAGAGCUCUCGAACACAGAGGAAAGAGAGAACCCAGUGCAUCCCAGUGCUGAAACUAGUACGCUGGUUUCUUCUCAAGAUGUACUUCCCUGGAUUAAGCAAGAAGGAGGAUGUGGGAGGAAUCAACAGAAUCUGCAAGAGAGUGAGAUCUCCACUGACCUCUGCACAGCAGAGGACUGGCUGGUCAGUAAGGAGAAGGAGAAGAGCCAGGAGAAGGGGCCCAAGGAUCUGGAGUCCAGCUGGGUUCUGCAGGGCCGAGACAAGGAGAGCCUUCACCAAGCCCCGGAUCUGGGCUUGGGAGGGGGGUCUUGUGAGAACCCCUGCAGUUCAUCCCUUCUCAGAGGCCCAGCUGGAAAACCUGCCCCAUGGGAACGAGACUUCAGCACCCUUCCUCCUAGCCCCUACUGUCAAGAUGGUCCAGCAUCUGUUUCCGCUGAAAGGCCUUAUCCCUGUGCUGAAUGUGGCCAGAGCUUCAGCCGAAAGGAGCACCGCACGCAGCACCAGCAGGCUCUCCAUAGCCCUCGUCCCUUUGCCUGUCCUCAGUGCCCUAAGAGCUUUGCCCAGCAGGCCACUCUCACCAGCCACUACCGCAUACAUACAGGAGAACGAGCCUAUACAUGUGCCCAGUGUGGGAAAAGCUUCAUCCACCAGUCUACUCUUACUACCCACUACCGUACCCACACUGGGGAGAAACCCUAUCCCUGUGCAGAAUGUGAGAAGCGUUUCAGCCGACUGUCAACUCUUCUGGAGCAUCGGCGCACCCACACUGGUGAAAAGCCUUACCAGUGCACCGAAUGUGAACGCCGCUUCAGCCGCUUAUCCACACUGGUGGAGCAUCGGCGCACCCACACUGGUGAAAAGCCCUAUCAGUGUGCUGAGUGUGAAAAACGGUUCACAAGGCUGGCUAACCUGACAGUACACCAGAACACCCACUCUGGCGAGCGCACCUACAAAUGUGCCCAGUGUGGUAAACGCUUUGCCCAGAAACCCAGCUUCUUGCGCCACCUACGCAGUCACACGCAAGAGAAGCUCUAUCCGUGUGGGCAGUGUGGCAAGAGCUUCAUUUGCCGCUCCUGGCUGGUUCGGCACCAGGGCAGCCAUGUUGGUGAGCUGCCCCGUCCCUGUACUGAAUGUGAGAGAGGCUGUCCACCAUCUAAAGAUCCUCCUGCUGGCCCCACUGGGAGUGGGGGCCAGGAAAGACUGCAGACUCCUGAAGGCCUCUUGGGAAAGCAGGAUGGAGAAGGUGCUAGGACUGGGCAAGACCCAAAGGGGCGCCGAGGGGCUAGAGAACAAGGCAGUAGUGCCCAAGUGAACCUUGGUGAACCCUUGCACAACCCACAUUCAUAUGUGAAGAUGGAGAAUGUGGGCUAGCAUCCUUGAAAAAACCCUACCCAGGGUCGAGGACCAGGUGGGGUAAACUCAUUCUCCUCGGUGGAGAAUUGAAAGCUCUCUCUCAUUGGGAGGGAACCACGGGGACAAGGACAUAGCAUCUCUGGGAAUGAACAACCAGAUUUUCUCAGGAAGGAAAACUAAUGAUAAGGGGCGGGAAGAGACACUUGAGGGGUUUCUUUGUGCAAGCCCAGGAGAUGUGCUGAAUGGGAGCAUUCCUUCCAGUUGUGCUUUCUUUGUAUUCUGGACUGACCAAGCUGACUGCAGUGACAGCAGGGGAGUAGGAGGGUGGGGGGUGGGAUGUGGGAGGUGGGAUGGGCAUACAGACUGCACUCUCCUCACUGUUCUGAGACAGUAAGUGCAGGCCCAUGGUUGCCAUUUCCUUUGAAGCCCUAAGUUUUUAAGAGGAGUAAACUUUUAACUAUGCAGAUUCUGAAGCACUUCUCGGACUGGAUUGAAGGUUUCCCUAGUUUUACUGGUCCCUGUCAUCUCAUUUUUAAAUGACCACUGCAGGGGACCAGUGCUAUUCCUUUGUACCUCUGUACCCUUCACUAAUCCCUGUCUUGUCAUCAAGGCAAGGGAUGGAGGGUUCUCAUAGUUCUCUCCUCACUUAGGCGUGAAUAAAAGGGUGGUGGUUGCCAGAGAUCUCUAGAGGAAUUACUAAUGCUUCCUGUGCCACCUGGCUCAAAUAGUGUAAAGACACAUGGACUCAGUGUUGGCACAUGCUCCGUUUGGCUUCCAGCUCCCUCAUCUAUAAAACAUCAGAUUGUACUAGGUGACCUCUAGGUUCCCAUCCAGUUUUGAAUCUACGAUCCUGUGAACUCUUCCCAAAAGUGUUCCUGUCACAUUUGCACUAGGUCGUGCCCCCGGGUACUCACGGGCCUCCUCUGAGGGUAUCUGAAGUUUCACUGAGGAGGAGCUUUCUCUAGCACAGAUUUCUUAUUCCGAGGUAAUUACGGUCUAGCUGCAGACAGCCCUGGCGCUCAUACCAAUUUACAGUUUACACCUGGGGCUGUUUUUACCUCAGCUGUAUCUGAGAUUUCUAACCAUUAAUAAAGCCCACCCUCCCCCUUUGUUUUUUUGUUUUUUACCUGUUUUAAAAUAGCCUAGUUCUCCUGGUAUCCAUGUGACCUCAAGGAUAGUGUUGUCAUCCCUGGCUCUUAGGCUACUCCCUACAAGGGCUAGAAGUGAAAUUCUCUUACUGUUUCAGAGCUUAUGUGCCCCUACCAUGUGCUUUCCUGUCUAGCCUGAGGGGUGCCCUUAUUCUCCGCUCUCUUUUACAGUCGGAGAUGACUGACAGAGCUGAACCCAAUGGCUGAUCAAGCCUUUCCUAGCUCAGGUGACCAGGUUUACCCACUUUGCUAAAUUCUCUCCUUUGUGUCAUCCCUUCAAGUGGCCCACUCCCCAGUGAGGAAUUGGAUUUUCAGGAUUCUGUCCUUAUAGUUUCACAUUAUAAAAUAAUCACAUGUGUCUAGUUUUGCAUGAGGGCUGUGGGGGAUACAAAAGCUCUCUACCUUUUUGAGGAGAUUAUAUAUGCACAAGAAAAAGGAAGUCAUAAUACCAAGAGCUACUUGAGUACCCGUCCCAAAGAUUUUAAAGGGCCUCUCCUCCUUUUAAAAAACGUCCUUGAUAGAUUUUAGGCCUUUAGUCUUUGGCGCUUCUAAGAAUGAAUUUGAACAGAUAACCAGUUUGGGACUCCAGCAUCUUGUCAAGUUGAAUUCCCACUCCUUGGCAGGAAAUCUUUGCCAAAGCUGGACUGAUUGACCCAGCCAGUUAAAGACUUGCCCAUGCUGUACCCACAGCCUCAGACUUUGUCCAGUUUUCCUAUGGCCACAACUGCAGGAUCUCUUCCCUUGGCAAUUGAUCUUGAGGACAGCAUUUGAACCAUACAUAUAUUUUGGGUACAUAUCCCAGUGUAUUGUAUAAGAACAGGUAGGAAGAGUUGCUAUCUAUUCCUACAUUGUCCUUCCCCUUUCUUGCUUCUAGGACGUGUUGGGAAACAUUAGCAAAACUCCUCCCCUUGAGAUUGUACUGGGGGAUCAAUCAAAUGUUUCAUCUUUCAUUGCCUCAUGGUAUCUGAGGCAUUUAUAUGUUUGUCUGGUAGGCAGGAGGCAAGUGUUUGGAACUUCCAUGGAUUGUUUAAUUGUCAUGUAUACUUACAAACUCUGUAAUUAGGCAAACUAUUUAUGCAGUUUUGAGGCUGAACUUCUCUCCUUUGCUUGUUGUUCUUUUGAUGGUUAUUUCUUAUUUAUGAUGCAGUAACUGUGUUUUUGACUGCAGGAUCUGAGCAGUGGUGAAAUAAAGCUAUUUUUAAAUGUGAA